ACUUCCGGUGGUUGAAUCUUCCAGAGCUCAGCAAACUAAAAUGACAUUUCCUUGUAUUAGAAAAAUGAAAGUGUUAUUCGUUAAUAGAUACCAAGAUUCUCCAAUACACCAAGUUCGGCACUUCCAUAAUUUAGCAAGAGGAUUGACAUGUCAAAUUUUGGCUUUUGCAGAUCGAUCGUUUACCGUUGAAAUUAAUCAAAGAUUGUGAAUUCACAGAAAUCACUUGACUCUGCAAGAUCGACGAUAUUUUACCUUUUGAAAAAGCUUGUUCACUACAGAUGAAUGUACCCGGAUUCACUAGUAAAAUCUAAAUGUGUUGCGUAACCGUGUGCCUUCUCUGUGGAGAACGGCAAUAGAUAAUUUUUCAUGUCUGUCUCUUGUUUGUGUCUUCGGUUUUCGCGGGGGAUAUAGUGCUUGGGCGGGCAGAGGAAAUGGUAGAACACUGGGUCAGUAGUUAGUUAGCUAAUUUGUGUAUUCAUAACCAGUAUGAUAUUACCGAAAUACCCUAUGGACAGUGAUGAUUAUACUAGCCAGUGGCAGUGGGCGUGUGGGGCAGAGCUUGAUUAGCUUCAAAGACAAGGCUAAAUCAAUGAGCAAAAGACUCCCACUUUUUUGCUUUAGUUGAUAGAGUAUGUUAUUUUUCCAGGGUGGUAAUUAUUAUGCCAUCAUUCUUAACCCACUAGAGUAAAACCGGUAGUUAAGUCAAGUCAAGUCAGGCAUAUUAACGGACACAAGCUACACCACACACCAGACCUGAGGAAAUUCCUAUUUUGUUACCACCUGAGAAUUUCUCAUAAGCAACAAGUUAUAAUUUUGUUGGGACUUGGCAAGGGAGACGAGAGUGCUGGGUGGUGCAAAGGGAAGUGCUGAGAAAAAGAAGUCAUCUUCUGAAAAGGGAAGGGAGGUAAGACAUUGGCCAUGGCAGCCGUAUGCCGGUUGCUGUGCUUUCUGGUAUGCUGCUGUGUUGUCUCCUCUGUCACGGAUCCUCGCGAUGCUGCUGCUCUCAGAUCUUUAAAUGACCAGUGGCGAAACACUCCACCAAGCUGGAAAAAGUCUGGCGAUCCUUGUGGUGCACCCUGGGAAGGAGUCACCUGCAACAACUCGAGGGUGUCUGCAUUGGGAUUAUCAACUAUGGGACUCAUUGGUAAACUAAGCGGUGAUAUUGGGGGACUUACUGAACUGAGAUCCUUGGACUUGUCAUUCAACAAAGGCCUCACAGGCUCUCUCUCUUCCAGUUUAGGUGAUUUGCAAAAGCUGAACAUAUUAAUUCUCGCGGGAUGUGGAUUUAGUGGCAAUAUCCCGGAUGAAUUGGGCAGUCUUACAGAACUUUCCUUUUUGGCUUUAAAUUCGAACAAUUUCACUGGAAAAAUACCUGCUUCUUUGGGGAAUCUCUCUAAGCUAUAUUGGCUAGACCUGGCAGACAACCAAUUGAUAGGAUCCCUUCCUAUUUCAACAUCCACCACCCCAGGCUUGGAUCUACUGAAAAAAGCAAAGCACUUCCAUUUCAACAAGAACCACCUUUCAGGCCCAAUUCCAGCCAAACUUUUCAGCUCGGAUAUGAUACUGAUACACGUGCUGUUUGACGGAAAUCGAAUCAGAGGGACUAUUCCGGACACAUUAGGACUUGUUCAGACUCUUGAGGUUCUUCGGCUAGACAGAAAUGACUUGACAGGAGUCGUGCCAUCUAACCUCAACAACCUCACAAAUAUAGUUGAACUAAAUUUGGGACACAAUAACCUGUCCGGCCCAUUCCCAAACUUGACCAGAAUGGACUCUCUUAAUUACGUGGACUUGAGCAACAACUCCUUUCAAAGCUCAGAAGCUCCAACUUGGUUCUCAACAUUACAGUCGCUUACCACCCUGGUCAUAGAAUAUGGUUCCCUUCAAGGACCACUGCCACAAACUCUUUUCAGUUUGCCUGAGAUACAACAAGUGAAACUUAGGAACAAUGCAUUCAAUAACACAUUGAUAAUGGGUAAUAGCAUCGGCCAGCAAUUGCAGCUAGUUGAUUUGCAGAACAAUCAGAUAUCCACAAUAACACUGGGUUCUGGAUUUACAAACACACUUAUACUUAUUGGAAACCCUGUGUGCACCUCUGCUCUAGCGAAUACAGAAUACUGUCAGCUUGAACAACAAACUGCAAGGCCUUAUUCUACUAGCCUGGCUAACUGUGGGACAACAUCGUGUUCACCCGACCAGAAGCUCAACCCUCAGAGCUGCGACUGUGCAUAUCCUUAUGGAGGGACACUGUAUUUUCGAGGACCCUUGUUCAGGGAGUUGUCAAAUGCUAACAUUUUCCACUCUUUGGAAAUGAGUAUGUGGAUGAAAUUAGGCCUCACUCCCGGUUCAGUUUCGUUGCAGAACCCCUUCUUCAAUUUGGAUGACUAUCUUCAGGUGCAGUUGGAACUGUUUCCAACCGGUGGAAAAUACUUUAAUAGGACGGAAAUUUUGAGGCUUGGAUUUGCUUUGAGUAAUCAAACUUACAAGCCUCCUUCGGAAUUUGGACCCUACUAUUUUAUCGCAGCUCCUUACUUUUUCCCAGAUGAACAUGGGGGGACUUCUAUUAGCUCAAGCAUGAUUAUUGGGAUAGCAAUCGGGUGUGGUGUUUUGGUCCUGGUGCUUGUCGGACUAGGGGCAUAUGCUGUUAGGCAAAAGAAACGUGCUGAAAAAGCUAUUGGAUUGAGCAAACCAUUCGCCUCAUGGGCUCCAAGUGGUAAAGACAGUGGUGGUGCCCCACAACUAAAGGGAGCAAGAUGGUUCUCUUAUGAUGAACUGAAGAAGUGCACCAAUAAUUUCUCUCAAAACAAUGAAAUUGGAUAUGGAGGUUAUGGAAAGGUAUAUAAAGGGUUGCUCUCUGGAGGGCAGUUACUCGCAAUCAAAAGAGCACAACGAGGUUCUACGCAGGGUGGGCUUGAGUUCAAGACAGAAAUUGAAUUGCUUUCAAGAGUUCACCACAAAAACCUUGUCGGCCUUGUUGGGUUCUGUUUCGAACAGGGAGAACAGAUGUUGGUGUACGAGUUCAUGCCCAAUGGGACACUUAAGGAGAGCUUGUCAGGGAAAUCAGGCAUUCAUCUAGAUUGGAAAAGGAGACUUCGCAUUGCUCUUGGUUCCGCUAGAGGAUUAGCUUAUCUUCAUGACCUUGCAGAUCCUCCAAUAAUUCAUAGAGAUGUCAAAUCCACCAAUAUUCUGUUGGAUGAAAAUCUAACAGCAAAAGUUGCAGAUUUUGGAUUGUCUAAACUAGUUUCAGACAGUUCAAAAGGACAUGUUUCAACUCAAGUUAAAGGCACAUUGGGUUACCUUGAUCCUGAAUACUACAUGACUCAACAAUUGACUGAGAAAAGCGAUGUUUACAGCUUUGGUGUGGUGAUGCUUGAGCUAGUAACUGCUAGGCAACCAAUAGAGAAGGGAAAGUACAUAGUACGGGAGGUAAGAUUGGCGAUGAAUAAGAGCAACGAAGAGGACUAUGGCUUGAGGGAGUUGAUGGACCCAACAAUUAGAGAUGUCUUGAGUCUCACAGGGUUUGCGAGGUUUGUGGAUUUGGCAAUGCAGUGUGUGGAAGAAUCAGCCGCCGAUCGUCCAACUAUGAGUGAAGUGGUGAAGACACUUGAAACCAUUUUACAGAAUGAUGGGCUGACUACAAACUCAACUUCCGCAUCCUCUUCUGCCACGGAGUUUGGAUCGAUGAAAAGUGUUCCUCCUAGACACCCUUACAAUGACGCUUUGCCUAAAAAGGAUGUCAGUGAUAGCGCUGAUGCCUUUGAAUACAGUGGUGGAUACACAGUUUCAGCAAAAGUCGAACCUAAGUAGGUAGCGGAGGUCCUUCUACUCUAGUCGUCUGCUACAAUUGUUUUAUCCAUAUCUUGGACAACAAUUGUUCCAAAAGAAGAAUAUUGGCGCACGUACAAUUCGACAGUACUAUGCACGAAACUGCUAUGCCUUGAAUGCAUGAAUUUACGUACUUUACUCCCACAAAUGUGUACUUUUAAGUAUCGUGCAGUAUGUGUAAGUUCUAUUUCUUUUGUAUUGCGGAGUAUGUGCUUUUUUUUGCUCUUGAUAGAUGAUUGUCUACCAUUACAAAA